GAUUCAGUUCGGAAAACAAAAAAAGCCAAAAAAAAAAGAUCCCAAGAAAGAACGAAUCACAGUAAGCGAUUUCUGAAAUGGCAAGAGGAAACUUCGACGAAGAACACUCCCUGUGAUUUCUUCGUAUUCUUCUCGUGCGAAGACGCGUCGUCGUACAUUGACGAUUUAAGUUAAAAGUCGUAGACUCUUUGUGGAUUUGCUCGUCGUUUGUGGUUUGGUUUGGGGAGAACGGAGGUGGAGGAAGGACUGGAUCGUGUUCGCCGGAAAUGGAGACCUACUUGAACAAGCAAUUCGGCGAUGUGAAGCCGAAGAAUUCGUCGGAGGAAGCGCUUCAGAGGUGGAGGAAGCUCUGUUGGGUCGUGAAGAACCCGAAGAGGAGGUUCCGUUUCACGGCUAAUCUCUCGAAGCGUUCCGAGGCGGAGGCGAUUCGUCGCUCCAAUCAGGAGAAAUUCAGGGUGGCGGUGCUAGUUUCGCAAGCUGCACUUCAGUUCAUAAAUGGUUUGAAGUUGUCCAGCGAGUACACUGUACCUGAAGAAGUAAGGCAGGCAGGAUUUGAAAUCUGUCCAGAUGAGUUAGGAUCGAUUGUGGAGGGCCACGAUGUGAAAAAGUUGAAAAUUCAUGGUGGAGUUGAGGGUGUAGCAGAGAAGCUUUCCACGACGAUUACAAGUGGAAUUGAUACAUCUGAAGAUUUACUCAGUCGAAGGAAAGAGAUAUAUGGUUCCAACAAAUUCACAGAAAGCCCAGCACGGGGCUUCUGGCUAUUUGUUUGGGAAGCCCUACAAGAUACAACCCUUAUGAUACUAGGUGUCUGUGCCUUUGUGUCACUUAUCGUUGGUAUACUGAUGGAAGGGUGGCCAAAUGGUGCCCACGAUGGACUUGGAAUAGUGGCAAGUAUUCUGCUUGUUGUGUUUGUCACCGCCACAAGUGAUUAUAAGCAAUCUCUGCAGUUCAAGGAUUUGGAUGCCGAGAAGAAAAAGAUAACGGUGCAGGUUACCAGGAACAAGUUGAGGCAAAAGAUCUCGAUAUAUGAUCUUCUCCCUGGUGAUAUUGUUCAUCUUGGUAUCGGGGACCAGGUUCCAGCUGAUGGACUUUUUAUUUCAGGUUUUUCUGUUCUGAUAAAUGAAUCCAGUUUGACAGGAGAAUGUGAACCCGUUGCUGUGAAUGUGACAAACCCUUUUCUCCUCUCUGGUACCAAAGUUCAGGAUGGAUCUUGCAAAAUGUUGGUGACUACGGUUGGAAUGAGGACACAAUGGGGCAAACUGAUGGCCACGCUCAGUGAAGGUGGAGAUGAUGAGACACCUUUACAAGUAAAACUGAAUGGAGUGGCAACCAUCAUCGGUAAAAUAGGUCUAGUCUUUGCUGUUGUUACAUUUGCUGUUUUGGUCCAAGGAUUGGCUACACGGAAGCUCCAAGAAGGUUCUCACUGGGCCUGGACCGGUGAUGAAUUGAUGGAAAUGCUGGAAUAUUUUGCUGUUGCUGUAACAAUUGUUGUGGUUGCUGUCCCGGAGGGUCUGCCCUUGGCUGUGACGUUAAGUCUUGCUUUCGCCAUGAAAAAGAUGAUGAAUGACAAAGCCCUCGUCCGCCAUCUAGCUGCCUGUGAGACAAUGGGAUCUGCAACUACUAUCUGUAGUGACAAGACCGGAACUCUGACAACAAACCACAUGACAGUUGUGAAAGCCUGCGUCUGUGGAGAAGUCAAAGAAGUAAAUGGUUCUGAAGCCGCUCUUAAAUUUGCUUCUGAUAUCCCCGAGUCUGCCCUUAAAGUUCUACUGCAAUCUAUAUUUAAUAACACUGGGGGUGAAAUUGUUACUGGCAAAGGAAACAAAACCGAGAUACUGGGAAGUCCCACUGAAGCUGCUCUGUUAGAAUUUGGUAUGUUGCUCGGAGGAGACUUCCAAGCCGAAAGGCAAGUGUUGAGUAUUGUGAAAGUUGAGCCCUUCAACUCUGCAAAGAAGAGAAUGGGAGUCGUUAUUGAGCUUCCUGAAGGGCAUUUCCGAGCACAUUGUAAGGGUGCUUCUGAGAUAGUCUUAGAUGCUUGUGACAAAUUCAUCAACAAAAAUGGUGAAGUUGCUCAACUUGAUAGAGAAUCUUCCACUCACUUAAAGAACGUAAUCGAACAGUUUGCUAGUGAAGCUCUUCGUACUCUUUGCCUCGCUUACAUGGAAAUCGGGGACGAGUUCUCGGCAGAAGCCCCUAUUCCAAGUCAAGGAUACACUUGCAUAGGCAUUGUGGGUAUCAAGGAUCCUGUCCGCCCCGGUGUAAAGGAGUCUGUUGCAAUUUGCAGAUCUGCUGGCAUCGUUGUCAGAAUGGUGACCGGAGAUAACAUUACCACUGCAAAGGCAAUUGCUAGAGAGUGUGGAAUAUUGACUGACGAUGGCAUAGCUAUCGAAGGCCCUGAAUUCCGUGAGAAAACUGAAGAGGAAAUGCUAGAGCUUAUCCCGAAAUUGCAGGUCAUGGCUCGAUCUUCACCCAUGGAUAAGCAUGCUUUGGUGAGACACCUCCGUACAAUGUUUCAGGAAGUCGUUGCAGUGACAGGUGACGGGACAAAUGAUGCCCCGGCACUUCAUGAAGCUGAUAUCGGACUUGCUAUGGGAAUUGCUGGAACUGAGGUUGCGAAAGAGAGUGCCGAUGUCAUUAUCCUCGACGAUAAUUUCUCGACAAUUGUCACCGUGGCUAAAUGGGGACGGUCCGUCUAUAUCAACAUCCAAAAGUUUGUUCAAUUCCAGCUCACUGUAAACGUGGUGGCGCUUAUCGUCAACUUCUCAUCCGCCUGUCUGACCGGAAAUGCACCUCUUACGGCUGUCCAGCUACUGUGGGUUAACAUGAUCAUGGACACUCUCGGGGCGUUGGCUUUGGCCACGGAGCCCCCGACCGAAGAUCUGAUGAAGAGAUCGCCGGUCGGAAGGAAAGGCAACUUCAUAAGCAAUGUAAUGUGGAGGAACAUCCUCGGACAGUCUCUUUACCAGCUUGUCGUCAUAUGGUAUCUUCAGACAAGAGGAAAGUCAGCUUUCGGACUCGACGAAAACAACGUCGUAGGUUCAGAUCUAACGCUGAAUACGCUGAUUUUCAACACGUUCGUCUUCUGUCAGGUAUUCAACGAGAUAAGCUCGAGGGAAAUGGAAAAGACGAACGUAUUCAAGGGAAUACUGAAGAACUACGUGUUUGUCGGGGUGCUGACUUGCACGGUCGUUUUCCAGAUAAUCAUCGUCGAGAUCUUAGGCGCAUUCGCGGAUACUACGCCCCUAACGUCGGCUCAGUGGCUAGUCACCGUCUUGCUCGGAUUUCUCGGAAUGCCAAUUUCCGCCGCUCUGAAGAUGAUUCCCGUCUGAUUAUCGCGACUCUAAAGAUCGAUGAUGAUCGCUACGACAACGAAGGUAAAUCGAAUUCCCACGAUACAUACAUACAUAUAUAGUGUAUAUGUAUGUAUGCAUGAACAUGAUAACUGAAUCUUGGCAUGGAGCUUCGAGGUUUCGGUUUCCAGACAUCGUUCCUUUUUUUUUUCCGUAGGAUCGGUUUAUAAGGCCAUGGGGAAUUUAUAGAAGUGGCCGUUGGAUUAGUGUUUUUCAGGUUAUGGAACCUUUUUUUUUUUUUGCUUUUUUUUUUUGUUGGGAUAUGAAGCAGUCAAGUUUAGGAGAUGUAAACAUGAAGGUGUUAGGGUUUUGGUGUUUGUUUUAUUCAGAUUGCUCAUUUGGAUAUUUGAAUCAA